AUGCCAGCUUCCGAUGCAGGCAUGACUAUAGGCAAUCCUGAAAGCUUAGCAAACUUGCCAACCUCAGAUACAAAUCUGAAGGUCACUGGUUUGUUGGGUGUAACCCUCAAUGACUUGGAUGGUUUACCACUUGCUCAGCGCAGAGUGCGCAGGACAAAUUGCCGCUUGCCACAGCACUUCCACGAUUAUCCCCCCAAACCUCCCCUCCCAUUAAUAUCUGCUGUGCUGUCCAACCAAGAUGGAUUAUCUCUGCAGCUUGCAUCAUCCACAUCAAAUCCAGACUCUACCAUUGCAGUCCCAAAUCAAGCUCACUUCCAUUUUCUUACAAACAGAAUGCUACUCUAA